CCCGCCGCCCGCCGCCCCGGCCCUCCGCGCGCGCUCCAUGGCUGCUCAGGAGUGGGACUGGUUCCAGCGCGAGGAGCUCAUCGGCCAGAUCAGCGACAUCCGUGUGCAGAACCUGCAAGUUGAGAGGGAAAAUGUGCAGAAGAGGACUUUUACGCGAUGGAUAAACCUACACCUGGAAAAGUGUGAUCCACCUCUAGAAGUUACGGACCUAUUCGUUGAUAUUCAAGAUGGCAAAAUCCUAAUGGCUUUGCUAGAAGUCCUCUCCGGGCGAAAUCUGCUGCAUGAAUACAAAUCCUCAUCACAUCGUAUUUUUCGGUUGAACAACAUAGCAAAAGCACUUAAGUUUCUGGAAGAUAGCAAUGUCAAGCUGGUUAGCAUCGAUGCAGCAGAAAUAGCGGAUGGCAACCCCUCGCUGGUUCUCGGGUUGAUAUGGAACAUCAUUCUCUUCUUCCAGAUAAAGGAGCUCACGGGCAACCUCAGCAGGAGUUCCCCAUCUUCCAGCUUGUCACCUGGCUCGGGGGGCACAGACUCCGACUCCUCCUACCCACCCACCCCCACCACAGAGAGGAGUAUGGCGGUAUCAGUGAAAGACCAGAGGAAGGCCAUCAAGACCCUGCUGGCGUGGGUGCAGCGGAAAACAAGAAAGUAUGGUGUGGCGGUCCAGGAUUUUGCGGGCAGCUGGAGGAGUGGGCUGGCUUUCCUGGCUGUCAUCAAAGCCAUUGAUCCCAGCCUGGUGGACAUGAAGCAGGCUCUGGAAGAUUCCACCCGGGAGAAUCUGGAGAAGGCCUUCAGCAUUGCACACGAUACCUUACACAUCCCUAGGCUCCUGGAGCCUGAAGACAUCAUGGUUGACAUGCCGGAUGAACAGUCCAUUGUGACGUAUGUGGCCCAGUUUCUAGAACGCUUUCCAGAGUUGGAGCCUGAAGAGUUUGUGAAUCCAGACAAAGAAGCUCCCAUUGAGUCCACCUUUGUCCGAAUCAAAGAAAGCCCUUCUGAACAGGAGAGCCGGGUCCUCCUCCUCAGCGAGAAUGGAGAGCGAGCUUACACUGUCAACCAUGAAACCAGCCACCCGCCUCCUGCCAAAGUCUUUGUCUGUGACCAGCCUGAGAGCGCGAAGGGUUUCUGUCUGGGUGUCGUGCCCAGCCACAAGUUGUCGGACAGCGCAACUGAGUUUAUGCACCAGAUUAUUGACCAAGUCCUCCAGGGGAGCCCAGGAAAGACCGAAUCCAGCACCGAGCCAGUUCCAGAAUCUUCCAUCUUAUCAACAAGAAAGGACGGCCGGAGGUCCAACUCUUUGCCGAUCAAGAAAUCCGUCCACUUUGAGGCUGACUUGCACAAGGAUGCCUCAUGUAGCAAAGACCCUUUCUACAGCUCAGACUUCCGCUUUGAGGGGAGCCCAAGGGCGGCAAAGGAUCUGCCGAAGCAGGAUAGUCAUGGCUCAUUGGCUGAGGUUGCCAAGGAAAAGAAGACAGAACAGGAAGCCAGGCCAGUGCCUGAAACUGCCUCAGACAGGGGCCCUGAAGACAUUGUUGGUGUGGAUGGCGUGCCCCAUCAUGAUCAGCCUCCUCAGGACCCCUCAUUCUGUAAUGGCAGUGUAGAAGCUAGCCAAGGUGAGAAAGACCUUUCUCUUCUAUCUCCUGCAGAUCAUACUAUCCUGGCCAACUCCACAGAACUCAAGGUUCAGCUGCUGACUGUCGAGCCUAUGGAUAAAGAUGACUAUUUUGAAGGCAUCCCACUGAAGGCUUCCAAGUUUAACAGGGACCUCGCAGAUUUUGCCUCCACCAGCCAGGCUUUUGGUGAGGAUCCCUCACCCCCUGAGAAGACCCCUGGGGAGGAAGAGGGGCUAGAGAAUAACACUGAGAAACUGGGGAAAAGGAAAUCAAAGUCUCCCCACGCAGAGACAGAGUCACCUGAAUCCCAGUCGGAGGCUGACAAGCACGAGCCUCCUCCCAAGGGCCCGGAACAAGAUCAAGACCAUCCUUUGCCCCCAGAAGAAACGCCUACAGAUAAGAAACCUGAAGUGUAUGAAAAGGCCAAGAGAAAGUCCACCCGGCAUCGCAGCGAAGAAGAAGGCGAAGCAGAAGGCCUCUCCGGGGUCGGCGGAGAAGUGCCAUCCAACCCUCCAAGUACCAGCGUCAGCCUGGAAACGCUGAGGAGUCACAGUGAAGAAGGGCUGGAUUUCAAGCCUUCUCCACCACUCUCGAAGAUCUCCGUCAUCCCCCAUGACCUGUUCUAUUACCCGCACUACGAGGUGCCCCUGGCUGCAGUACUGGAGGCUUAUGCGGAAGGUGGGGAGGAUUUGAAAGGCGAAGAUCUAGGGGAGCCAGACGAGGGCUAUCUCCAGGACUCCAGGGAGGAGGAGGAGGCCCACAGCUCCCAAAGCAGCUGCAGCUUCUCCUCGCCUAUUGACAACGGCCACCCCAGCACUGGUGACCAGGCGUCCCAUGUUGAUGGGACUUCUGAGGGGCCCACGUCAACCUCAAGACCUGGUUCUCCACCC